CACACAGGUUGUGAAGAGGACAUCGUCAAAGAUGAUGGCACUGUGUCUGAUACUGGCACUUCUUGUAGAGAUGGCUGCUGCACAAUCCUUGGAAAUGCAUCUUAUUAUGGCCAAUGUUGGAGAGACUGUGACUUUGCACUGCUUCUAUAAAGGCAACCUGGCACUCUACCUUAUGUGGUACAAGCAAACAAUGGGUGACAAUCCUCAACUCUUAUCAGUCUUUUACAAGUAUAACAAGAAUGCAACAUUUUACCAUGAAUUUAAGGGUAACACUCGCUUCUCAGUGCAAAGCGGUGAAGGAAUGAAUCACCUAAAGAUCUCAGACAUGCAACUCUCUGAUUCAGCCACAUAUUACUGUGGGAACUCGUAUGCCAACCAGGUGGAGUUUGGAGCAGGAGUCAUUCUCACUGUGAAAGGUUCAGGGGCAAGAGACAUGACUGUGCUCCAGCAGCCUGUGUCUGAGUCAGUCCAGCCAGGAGACUCUGUGGCUCUGAACUGUACAGUACACACUGAGACCUGUGCAGGAGGACACAGUGUCUAUUGGUUCAGACAUGGCUCAGGAGAAUCCCUUCCAGGAAUUAUUUACACCCAUGGAGACAAGAGUGAUCAGUGUGUGAAGAGCACUGAGGCUGGGUCUCCUACACAGAGCUGUGUCUACAACCUCCCCAAGAGGAACCUCAGCCUCUCUGAUGCUGGGACUUACUACUGUGCUGUGGCCUCAUGUGGGGAGAUACUGUUUGGGAACGGGACCAAGCUGGACAUUCAAGGCAAUAGGGCAGAUCUUCUUCUCUUGGUGUACUGCCUGGGUGUAGGAUUGGCUUUCUCGUUAAGCCUGAUCAUUGUCCUUGCUUGCAUCAUGUACAAGAUGAACCAGAGAAAGUGUCUGCAGUGCAGAGGAUCCGUCUCUCUGACACCAUGUCCAGCAGUCUCUUCUACAGAUGCAGGGAACCAAGAUGGAGACAGUCUCCAUUACGUAGCUCUGAAUCUGAGCAACAAGAAGAACAGGUCUAGAAGACAGAGAGGUCACAUGGAGACAGUGGUGUAUGCUGGGAUCAGACAGUAGAACUGGAUGAAUGAAACAGACCAAUGAAUUCUCUUUUUAUCAACUCUCCCUUUAUUAACAUUAUUAUCUGUAUUACUGUAACAUAUAAUUACUGUAGAUACUUGAAUUAAGUGCAUUGCUUCUCUGCCAAACUCAUUUUAAAUGGACUUGCUUGUGAUAAGAUGAAUAAAGCAUUUAACAGCAGUCAAGACAAA